AUGAGCGUUGAACAUAGCAGGCUCGCUGAGACGUUAUUGAAGAGCGACAUAAUUCGCGUCGACUCCAGCAUCGUGUCUCAACUACGACAAUCUUUAAAAACUUUCGUAGAAUUAGCUCGAGUUGCAACAUUGAACGAAGAGGGUAACGACCGAGACGCUCAAGCGCUUCACAGCCUGUCCGAAAAUACCUUUGCACAAUUCGACCGACGCACCCCAACUUCGGUCAUGCUCGCUUCUCGCUCAUCUAGACACGCAGGGCCACCAACUGGCUGGAAAGCGGCAUCGAUAUGGCCUCUCCUUCAUCGACGACAGUUCGGAGAUAGUUGGUUAUCGUACGGCCCAUGGACGAUCGCUCCUCGUGUUGUUCCACCAAGCAUCAUUUCGCGAUCGCUGUCUUAUCGGUCAUUUGGUUUUGGUGUAGAUGUUAUACGGAGCUCGCUCCAAAUCGCCUACGAUGCACUUGUCGACCCAGGCCUUCACGGGUUCUCCCACGAUGUUACGCAGUCCAUGUUCCAAUACGCCCUUACUGAUUUCACAAAAGAAGAGCUGUCCUUCAUUAUACGCUGGUACCUUGGCCCUGGGGUCAGCGAACUACCUUCCCUAGGGUUUGCAACCUCGACGUUUAGUGCAUCGUCCGAGGUUGAGGGUAAGCCUACAAUACAGUCUCUCCCCCACUUGCGUAAAGGGAACCAGCCUGGCCUUUAUAUUCCGUACGCUCCCGCCUUAAAGGACCAUUAUGUUGGGGCUUUUGAUCUGAAAAGCUACCUCCAGGGCCUUGGUGCCUUCGAGUUCAACCUCCAGACAAUUUCCAUGCUAGCAAGCUUUCCGGAUACCACAAUGCCUUAUGGAGAAAUUCUACCUCCUCUAAACGUAGCGGGCUUCAAUACAUCAAGGUUACCAGGGUUAGAAGGAAGGAUCUCAGCCUACCAGAAUCCCUAUAAUUUCGACUCUUUCUUUGCCGGAAGCGACUUCACCCAAUAUUCGACCUAUAACCACUCAGCACCCUCUAGUGAAACCCGAACGGAUUCCCGGCGUCUUCUGACUAUAAGCACACCCAAGUUCCUCCAGGAAGUGGCUAUGGUAUCAGUAUGCCUUGGCCAUGGCCCAGCUGUUCUUCGGGGAGCGAUUCCCGAUGCUCUCAGGGCAUCCUCUUUCUAUUUCCUAGACGUCAAUCUCGGUAGCCAUUUAUUCAGUAUCAAGGAUUCCAAGAGGUGUAGGUUCGGACUCGUUCAAUCGACUAAGUUACACCGUUUCUGUAAAUGCGCCAGUGCAUUUCAAUUGUGUUUAUUUCUGAGUUUUGGCUAUGAAGGUAGCCGUACGAAACCUAGUGCAGCGACGCCUUCAAGACCCAUAUCACGGCCGGUUUCCUCCUUUAAGUGUGCAACCUCAACUGGCGACUUAUUGUUCCUAAUCAAUUGGAAAGGCUGUUCGAGCGUCGAGGGUAGAUAUUGCAAUGAGCAUACUCUCGAUUUCUGCGGUGUCUUCAUGGCCGCAAUUAUAGGCACGACCAGCUACAGUUACCAAGAGAAAGUCUGGUAA